UACUGUCUGUGGUACUUAAAGUCCCAAGUUAAGGGGCUGGUUCCAUAAUUUUACUUUCUUUUUUUCUUUUUGUUUUUUUUACACAUUUGUUUUAUAACAUGUUAACUCGAAUAUCGAUUAACUAGUUUUAACAGUUGGCACCAAACAUACUUGGAUUUUGUUCAUUUAGACUAUGUUUUUCGGGAGUCAUUUUCAUUUAUUCUUGUCAAUUGCAUGUUAUAGUAGCAACAAACUGUGUAGAUAUUCUUUACCCCGCCCUUAUGCGUUCUGGGUGAUUGGAUUGUAAAAUUGAGUUUCUGCACCAAAUGGAAGAAGGGCUCGGAUUUUACAGGUUUAGUGUCUUCAAAAUUUAUCUGCAUAUUUUUGGAACAUUUACUAACUGCUCUCACUUUGAUAUUUUAGAUCCAUUCUAGGAAGAUGAAUGUUCACCUUGAUGUCAACUUUGAAGAACUUGCUCAUUCUACGUAUGAUUUCAAUGGAGCACAGCUGAAACUGUAUGUGUUGAGGCUGGCAUGUUGGUUCUGCGUCGUGAUGCAAUUGAGAUAUGGAAUGAAUACUUCAUGCUUUCAAGCACUAACACUUGUUGAAUACUUUGGAGAGGAUUUCAGUCAUCAUAAAUGUCUCUUAUGUGACGUGUGCAUCAAUGGUCCAUCACAACGGCUGAAUCUAAAAGAUGAGGCUUGUGUUUUACUACAAGCUAUAGGUGCCCAUAAUGUAAGUCGUACAAUUUCAGAUUUAUAUCAUCUACUCUAUCGAUUAAUUCUGUCUUACUAUUACAUGUGA